GCUGGCUAGAACAAGGUAAAACUGUUAAGAGUUUUAUUUGCUGUGUCUGAACUUGGCCUACAGCUGUCCAGAUCACUUCCCGCUAAGCAGACUGUAACUGAAAUACGUUCUCCAUUCCUAGGAAGACGCGGGAGAGGCCACUGAAUCCCUGGGCUGUGCCUCCCGUAGCUUUUGCUGAGUCCCCUCUGGGUGAGGCCACAGCACUCGGGACUAGGGCUUGAGGAAAACUGUCCAACUCAGACGCACGACAAGGCAAGGGCAGAAAGCACACCUUCUCAGGGACGGAAGUAAUCAGAGCCCGGGCCCAGGACCACUGGAACAAAAAUAAGGCAGAGCCGGGACGCACGCUCGGUUGCGGGCCUCCUCCCCGCGGACAGACGAACUCCAAGCUCCCGCCGAGGUGUGCAGGUCCCGCCAAGGCCGGGCUCCAGCAGGCCCGGUGGUCACCUGAGGAGGCGGGGAGUCCUACGCCUGCGAAACGCUUCUCCGUCCUCCCUGAUCGGAAACAGGACAACCUCCUUCGCCCUCCCGAUCCCCGCCUGCCGCAAGCUUGCGGAUCCCAGGGUUUGGAACCAGGGGCCCCGCCUACCUGACGCCCCGGCCGGGCGGACCGCAUGGAGCGAGCACUUCCGCUGGAUUCGCGCACUUCCGGCUGUGUUGGGCCAAUGAGAGCAAGGCGGCGGUGUUCCCUGCGCUGGCGUCCGGGCCGAGGUUGUCUCCUGGAGGACUAGGGCCGUUUGGCCUUCAAGGCCUGACAACAUCGGUGUCAGAGGAUUACAUUUAGGUCAACAACACCAACUUCUCCCCAUGGACUCAUCCGAGAAGACAGAGGUGGUUCUCCUGGCCUGUGGCUCUUUUAACCCCAUCACCAACAUGCACCUCAGACUGUUCGAGCUGGCCAAGGACUAUAUGAAUGCUACAGGAAAAUACAGUGUUAUCAAAGGCAUCAUCUCGCCGGUCGGUGAUGCAUACAAGAAGAAAGGGCUCAUCCCAGCCCACCACCGAAUCAUCAUGGCAGAACUUGCCACCAAGAACUCACACUGGGUGGAAGUGGAUACGUGGGAAAGUCUUCAGAAGGAGUGGGUGGAGACCGUGAAGGUGCUCAGACACCAUCAGGAGAAGCUGGCAACUGGCAGCUGCACUCACCCACAAAGCUCACCUGCGCUGGAAAGGCCUGGGCGGAAGAGGAAGUGGGCUGAUCAAAAGCAAGAUUCUAGCCCACAGAAGCCCCAAGAGCCCAAACCAACAGGUGUGCCUAGGGUGAAAUUGCUGUGUGGGGCGGAUUUACUGGAGUCCUUCAGCGUGCCCAACUUGUGGAAGAUGGAGGACAUCACGCAAAUCGUGGCCAACUUUGGGCUCAUCUGCAUCACUCGGGCUGGCAGUGAUGCUCAGAAAUUCAUCUACGAGUCCGAUGUGCUGUGGAGACAUCAGAGCAACAUCCACCUGGUGAACGAGUGGAUCACCAAUGACAUCUCGUCCACUAAGAUCCGGAGGGCGCUAAGGAGGGGCCAGAGCAUCCGCUACUUGGUACCAGACCUGGUCCAAGAGUACAUUGAGAAGCAUGAGCUGUACAACACGGAGAGUGAAGACAGGAAUGCUGGGGUCACCCUGGCUCCUCUGCAGAGGAACGCCGCAGAGGCCAAGCACAACCAUUCCACUCUGUGACACAGUACACGGCGUCCGCCAGAGGCUCGUCUGGAGACUCGAAACUCAGGGAAGGACUUGCCACCAUCCUGUUUCAUCAACUGAAAGAUAAAGGUUCGAUUUAAAAAAAAAAAAAAAAACCCAACAGGGAAUUAAGAUCAGUGACUGAGAUGAAUGUUUUAAAUAAGACCAUUAAAAAAAAAAGGAUGUAAUUCACCUUUCAAAUAACAGCUCAGUCACUAAAAUGAAAUGUUAAUGACGCUAACUUUAAAUCAAUUUUUCUAGAAAGGACCUCAUGCUCUGCCGCACAAGAGAAGCAAAUGUGAUGAGCAAGUCCAUCCAGAAGCCAUCCUUUAGGGGCCGGAGAGAUGGCUCUGAGGUUAAGAGCACGGACUGCCCUUCCAGAGCACCCAGACUCAGCUCCCAGCACCUGCAUGGCAGCUCUCAGCUGUCUGUAACUACAGUUUCAGGAGAUCUGAUGCCCUCUCUGUCCUCUGUGGGCUCUGGGCUAGAUAUGCUUCAUAGACAUACAUUCAGGCAAAAGACACACACACACACACGCACGCAUACACACUUGCCACACAAAGAGAAAGAGCAGCCUCACUCUAGCCAGGCUCACUGAUGCCUACCUGCAGCCCCAGCUGCACCAGGAGCUGAGGUCAGAGAAUCACUUUGAACCCGGGAGUCAGAGAUGACCCUAGGCAACAAAACAAAAUAGAAGCCUAGCGUUACUUAUGAAGAGAACUGACACGUCGUUAGUGCUUGGUGACAACCGUCUUUAUCCAGAAUAGAUAGACAAAGGAAGGAAUUCUUUAAGACAUGACCUUGGCUGGGCAUGUGGCUCAGUUGGUAGAGCACUGGCCUAGGAGGCCUGAGGCCCUGGGUUAGAUCACCACACCUGGGCACGGCAAUGCACACCUUUAAUGCUGGCACUUGGAAGGUGGAAGCAGAAGGAUCAGGACUCAAGGUAUCCUUGACAAUCUGCAAGUCUGAGGUCAUCAAGGGACGCUGAGGACCCUGUGUCUAAAUUAAACAAAUAAAUAAACAAUCCCGCAAAAUUCACCAA